AGUACGGCAGCACUUUCACACGCACAUGUUUAUGUUUACGUUCCCAUUUCACUGGUAAUUUUAUUUUUACACCGCAAAAAAGUCAAAUAAAUGCUGUAAGGAUGAAGGUGAAGAUGAUUAGUCGCAAUCCCGACAAUUAUGUCAGGGAAACCAAACUGCAGCAGCACAAAAUGCCCCGUAACUACGAUCCUGCGCUGCAUCCUUUGGAGGGUCCCAGGGAAUAUGUCCGUGCACUGAAUGCCACCAAAUUGGACCGAGUGUUUGCUAAACCUUUUGUUUGCAACUUAAGCGGACAUCGCGAUGGAAUCUCUUGUUUUGGAAAGCAUCCGAAACAACUUUCCAGUCUGGCCACCGGCGCUUAUGACGGCGAAGUACGCAUUUGGGAUUUGGCAAACCGCACCAGCUCGCGGCAUUUCGUUGCCCAUGAUGGCUUUGUUCGUGGGAUUGCUUAUACCAAGGAUGGAAAUAGCAUAUUUACUGUGGGCGAUGACAAAACCAUCAAGGUUUGGAAGGGAGAGGCUCCGGAAGUCGGAGAGGAAGAGAUGCCAGUAAACACCAUAUUAAGUAAAUUUGGUCUUCACGGCAUUUCACAUAAUCGCAACGAUGACAAAUUUGCCACCUGUGGAGAGGUGUGCGCCAUUUGGGAUGAGAAGCAUAACGAUCCCCUGAAAACUUUGAAGUGGGGCGUCGAUACCCUACACACCAUCUCCUACAAUCCCGUAGAAACGAGUCUACUGGCUUGUUGUGCUAGUGACCGCAGCAUUAUCCUUUAUGAUCAAAGGGAGGCGCAGCCCUUGAGGAAGGUAGUCCUUACCAUGAAGAGCAACAAGUUGGCGUGGAAUCCCAUGAGUGCGUUUAAUUUCACAGUGGCCAACGAGGAUUGCAAUCUAUACACCUUUGAUACCCGUAAACUGCAAACGCCUCUGAAGGUGCACUUUGACCAUGUUUCUGCCGUCACCGAUGUGGACUACUCGCCCACAGGAAAGGAAUUUGUUUCAUCCAGUUACGAUAAAACCAUUCGGCUCUACAAUGCCCACCACAGCCACUCUCGGGAUAUUUACCACACCAAACGCAUGCAGCAUGUAGUUUGUGUAGCCUGGUCUCUGGAUAAUCGAUAUGUCUUCUCCGGCUCUGACGAGAUGAACAUACGCAUGUGGAAGGCAAAUGCCUCCGAGAAACUGGGCGUCAUACGUCCUCGUGAGCGUGUCAAUUUCAAUUACCAGGAGGCCCUGAAGCAGAAGUUUGCCGCUCAUCCGCAGAUCAAGCGAAUCGCACGCCAUCGCCAGGUACCGCGUCACGUGCUCAAUGCACAGAAGAAGAUGCGCACGGUCAAGGAAAAGGAGCAGGUCAAGGAGGCCAAUGUGCGCAAGCACUCCAAGAAGGGCACGGUGCCUUACGUCAGCGAAAAAAAGAAGCAUGUCCUAAAGGAGGAGGUCUAAAGACGAUUUUUUAUGGAUGUAGUUGGAUAAGUUUGAAUAAAAUUGAUUUUUUAAGAAUAA